GCUAUCCAUGGAUGGGAUUUCUUAUCCUCUCUCUCUCUCUCUCUCUCAAAAAUUGAAGGUUCCCAACAAGUCUUCAGUGAAAAAUUCAGUACCCUUUUCCACACUCACUCUCCAAUAGCAAAUCCACAUCUAUGGAGAGUCUCAUUGGUAACCAAUGUCUUUCUCGUCUCAAAAUCUCUGCCAACCUCACAAUCCCUUCUUCUUCCUUCUUUUCCCAUAAUCAAUUUCCAAACUUCAAAAGUCCCCAUAUCAAUUAUAAGCCCACCUUCACUUCAUUUGCCAUCCAAAAUCAAGAAACGCAGAACCCACUUCAAGAAAACGCCACCGCCAACGCUGCCCAAGAUGACGAGUCCUACGGCGAAGUUAGCAAGAUCAUUGGCAGCAGAGCCCUCGAAGGUGGCACCGGCAUGGAGUACUUGAUAGAAUGGAAAGACGGCCAUGCCCCUUCAUGGGUACCAUCAAAUUACAUCGCCAAAGAUGUCGUUGCUGAGUACGAAACCCCAUGGUGGAACGCAGCCAAAAAAGCCGACGAGCCAGCUCUCAGCCGAAUUCUCAACGACGAUGAUGGACGUGAUGUCGAUGCUGUCGAUAGUUACGGCCGCACUGCAUUACUUUUCGUAUCCGGUCUCGGCUCCGAAGCUUGUGUUAAACUCCUCGCCGAAGCUGGGGCAGCUUUGAACCACCAAGACAACAGUGGCGGCUUAACGGCGCUUCACAUGGCAGCCGGAUACGUGCAGCCGGGUGUGGUAAAGUUGUUAAUCGAUCUCGGGGCGGAUCCUGAGGUGCAAGACGAUCGAGGAUUGACACCGUUAGAUUUGGCUAAAGAAAUUCUGAAAGUGACCCCAAAAGGCAACCCAAUGCAAUUUGCUAGAAGAUUGGGGCUAGAAAAUGUAAUAAAAAUUUUAAACGAGGAAAUAUUCGAGUACGCGGAGGUGCAGGAGAUACUGGAGAAGAGAGGGAAGGGUGAUAAAACGGAGUAUUUGGUGAAAUGGAAGGACGGUAGUGAUAACGAGUGGGUAAAAGCCCAAUUCAUCGGCGAGGAUUUAGUGAGGGAUUUUGAGGCAGGACUAGAGUAUGCUGUAGCAGAGGGAGUUAUUGGUAAAAGAAUUGGUGAUGAUGGGAAGAAUGAAUUUCUUGUAAAAUGGACGGAUAUUGAUGAGGCCACGUGGGAGCCUGAAGAGAAUGUUGAUCCUGAUUUGAUCAAGGAGUAUGCAGAGGCCCAGUUAACCAAGAAUGAGAAUGGAUCUUCUUGAAUCCUAAGGUGGUUUGUGCAGGCUCCGAGUAGGUUGGUUGAAGCCAUUCAUUCAAGAACCUCUGUACAAUUGCAAGAUACAAGGAAACAAAUUUCUGAAAAUUACCUGAUGGAUACUGAUUUCAUCAAGAUGAAUCUGUGCAUAGGCUUUGUCUUUUGCCAAAGCAGUGAUAUCACUAUCAAGAAAUUAAGAAGGGUGUCACUGGCGUACCAGUACAUCAAUUAAACAUGGUGGAAAAGAAAACAAAGAAUUUACCUCCUUGAGUAUAUGUCUAAGAGUGAAUCAUUGUCAUCUACAAUUGGUAUUGAACUUACUUCAGCUGCAAAAGACCACAUAAUAAGAGAUAGGGCAUCACCAAGAGAAGCAUUUGGUCGCAACAUAGCAAAUGGCUGUGCAUUUGAUUCCCCAAUUUUUGGAACCCAUGUACCUAGAGGAAUUCUACAAAUUGGUAGUUGAAGAACAGGCAAGGAGCUAGCAGAGUGCCUAAAGUGCCUGCAUAUACCUGGAAUUAGGCCCAUAUGUUAGUUAACAUGUCAAACAACCCCAAGCAAAUAAACCAAGUAAGCUUACACUUUAGUAUUCCUGAAAGAGAAGCAAGAUGCAAUAGCUGGGGAAAUGAACCGUCUCGUGAAGAAGAAUGAAUAAUGGGAAUUGUCGAUACUUUGUUUUGCAAAAUUUUCAAUGCAACAUCUUUCAAGGAAUCGUACGGCCCAGCCUGCAUAUUACAGGAUCUGUUGAUAAUAAUCUAGUGAUUUUGUAUAUGACAGCUUGCAAGUACUAGAUAAAAAGGACUGGCUACAGAAAGGCCUUUCUAAGUGAUUUAUUUCUCCCAUCAAAUCCACAAACGUAACUACAAAUGUAUGAUAUAUCCUACCAUAUAAAGUGAGCAGUUCAGGACAAAUGGACAAUAAUUAUUGAAACCCGAUGUCUCAUUUAUGUCCUUUAAAACAACAUGCAAACCAAGUGCUUAAAAAAAAUUCUAGAACUUCAGAAUUAAGAUGAACUAUUAGUAAUCUAGCAAACAUUUUUACAACUCUAGAAAUAGUUUAUUUUGCAAAAGUUUGUAGACACUCACAUGCAUACGGUAAUAAUUUACAUUCAAACUUCAAGACUUCGCCAUGCAAGAUGCAGAAAAAUAAUAUAAAACAGGAGACGGAUUCAUUUGUUAUUUAGACUAGCUUGGGAAGGAAUCUUUGAGGCAACUUACAUGUACAAGAUGUUUAGGAUGUGCUCUCCCAUUGCCAUCCAUUUGUCUGCUAAGAUGUAAUUUUCCUUCCUUCCAAGCUGAUAUACUAUGUGUCUCCAAUUCUUCCUCCGUCAAGUUAGAUCCAUUAUUCCCCAGCUGAAAUUCAUGGCUUUUAUAAAUGUCUACAACCUCCAGAGACACAAAUGGGAACAAAUACAACAGAAAGAAAGAAAAAAAAAAAACAUUGAUACUCCUACAUAA